AUGCCGCCAGCGAUCAAGAUCAACUAUGAGAGCAAUAAUAUAUCGACACACAUGGCCAAUGGCGGAGUGGUCGGCAACAAGCAUCUGAAAAAGACGCUCAGCACAUACAACCUCACGUCCGACACGGAACACACGAUCAUCAGCGACAACGCCACAAUGAUUGAGGUGUGGCUGGAAUCGAACCAGGCGCUCUUCUCCAACCUCGACCAGACGUCGAUCUUCAUCUGCAUCGACUCUGAGUCCAACCUGAUCAACGCCAUCCUCAGCUACAACCCAUUCUCCUACGCCACCAAGUGGCGCAAGAACGUGUUCGUCUACACCAUGGUUCUGGAGGGCAUGGGCAAGAACACCCACCUCAUCAAGAGCUUCCACAUCCCUCUGCCGCCACAGCUUAACGCCAGUGUGCUGACGCCCAGCUCGGGUGGCGGCACAUCAUCCACCAGCCAGCUGUCAUCGGCUUCAUCUUCGUUCAUCUCGUCGUCGCCCACAUCGUCAACUUCAUCGAUCGGCUCCGACUCGGCCAGCAGCAGCUCGCCAUCCACCUCCUCGCCCACACUGUCUCACGUAUCGUCGUCACCCUCAUCGCUGUCUGCGUCGCCCUUCUCAUCAUUCGCGUCGUCCUCCUCAUCAAUGGUGCCCAACGGACAGCAACAGGCCACGCAGCAACAACAGUCGCCAGCCAUUCUCACAUUCAUCAACAACAUCAUUCAUCGUGUGACACCACAGGGUCAGAACCUGGUCGAGAACAUUCAGUACCUCCUGCUGCAGAGCAUACAGCGCGCACUCAGCAACUUUGUAAAUAGUAUCCAACGCGACCGUCUCUACUACACUCAGGUGGUCUACUACAAGAAGAACGAGGGCAUGUACCUGCCCACGCUGUUCCUGGCCCAGGUCGGGUUGGACCGCGUGGCCGUUGGCGGCAUUCGCAUCCCCGCCUCGGCCUCCACGCUCAGCAUCGCAUCGCGCACCUCAUCGUCCGCGCCACAACACAGUUCUUCGUUGAUGUUCUUGUCAUCGUCGCCCAACGCAACCUCGGGCAGUCUGAUGGGCAUGGGCCAACCAGUCGUUGCCGACAACGACCAAGACCAAGACCCAGCCAGCGACGACAAUGAUGUAUCAUCGUCGGCCUCACCCUCAGCUGGUACACCCUCGACCGGCACACCCUCGAUCGUCAUCUCACCACAACAGCAACUGGCACUGCUUGGACCAAGCUCCAUCCACAACCUCUCGCCCAACAUCCAGUUCAGCUAUCGCAAGGUGACACCCGAGCUCAGCGCCUCACUGACGUCAAGCAGCGUUAACACACUCGAGCAACUUAGCAUCUCAGCAGCCUCUACGAGCGGAACCAGCGAGUCGGCAUCGUCCAGCACCUCAUCGAUGGCCAUCCCCAUGCCUACUCGCCCGCCCCCUCAGCCACUACAAUCAUCGUCGCGCUCCAACUCGGCCACAAAGCUGGCACAACCACAGCCAGCUGUGCGCCAAUUCAAGAUAUCCGAUGAGCAGCCUGAGAAGCCCUCACUUACAAUCUACAAUGCACAGGACAACAAUGGAUGUGCGGUUGUCUCAUCGCUGUAUGGAUGGGACUUUGACAAGAAGGAACGCAGUGGCGAGCCGUUUGCCGACUGUUUCUGUCUAUCAACCAACACCCAUCCUAACCUGCGUGCUACCCUUUCCAUUGCCGAUGGUACUGGACAAAGUCUCGACUCACAAAGGGCUGCUGCCCUUGCUGUCCUUGGAGCGAAUGAGUACAUGGAGAGCAUUCUAGCCGACAUCACAACUACCAAUGACUUGCUGUCAGAGAUUGGAUACUCAAUCAUGGCUGGCCAUAUGAGGAUCAUUGAGGACGAGUAUUACCAGACCAAGGAGUUGCACCUGGAACCCAAGGGCGCCACAACCUUCUGCAUUGGUUGUCUUGGCCAAACAAAGAACAUCCUUCAGAACUUGAGCAAUGGCACACUGUCAUCGUCAUCUUCCUCCAAACUCGGACGGAUGUAUGGUCCCACGGACAAGAGAGCCAAGCAGCUGUCGCGGCCACUACCUCCCCCACCACAAAUCAGGCGGAGCUCAUUGUCGCCCGACACCACUGCCAGCCCCAACCCUUCCCCUUCUACUUCAUCACCCUCCUCCUCAUCGUCGCGCCGUAAGAGUGGCAGCGACAUCACCGUUUCACCAUCACCAUCCACCUCAUCAUCCGCACCAAACUCCAGUCGCACGAUUGAGACAAUCGCUGAAGAGGAGUACAGCAGCCAGAACGACGCACCAUCACACAGCAGCGACACACAACAGAUUUCUCCAGCAGUGAUCGAGCAGGAUAAGGAUAGCAGCAACAGCACAAGCAGCAGUAGCACCAACACCAUCAACAUUGUAAAGGUAAAGCCACCUCCACCAAGGAACUACCUGUCCGUCAACUUGAGCGGAAGUGGCAACAACACGGUCAUCAUCAACACAAUCAACAACAACGUCAACAACACAAUCAACAACAACAUAAACAACAACAACAACAGCAACAUCAACAACAGCAGCAGUAGUAUAGGAACGACCGGAGAGAAUUGUAGUAAUAGUAGUUAUGGUGACGCCAACAGCAGUAGUAGCAGCGGCACCAACAACAGCGGCAGCUUUAAUGGUAGUGUGAAGAGUGCAGGCACGACGACGACCUCGCCCAACACGGCGGACGACAUCAACAACAACAACAGGCUGGCCAGCACGGAUGGACAGUGGUUCUUCAUGAUUGGUUCGGUGGGCGACUGUCGCGCCUUCCGAUUGUCGUGCACGACGAACAAGGUCACCGAGAUCACCAACAGCAAGAACGCCGUCAGGAACUUUAAUGACGCUGGUGGCCAGCUUGGCUGGAUGUGGGGCGGCGAGUCGGGCUCCUGGCCAUUCUCGGCCUCAGAGUACCCAACCAACCAACGACCCGAGCUCCGCGACCAGCUUCUCAAGGCCAAGAAUGACAAGGCCCGUCCACAUCUAAAGAACCUGCACUUUGGUUUGGUGCUGGUCAAUCCAGGCGACCGCGUGUUCAUCGCAUCCGAUGGCAUAACGGACAACUUCCUCAACUCCAACCCAUCGUUGACCACCGAGGAAAACAAGCCGACGAGCAAGGAGGAGCUGGAACAGAACAUCACAAACUUCAUCCGUCAGCAGUCGCCCGAGGUCACAGCCUCGUGCGACACGCUCUGCCAAGCGAUCGUCACGCACUGUCUGGAGAAGACGCAACACUUUAGGAACCUGCAGGAGGAGCAGAGCAGGACAUACAUGGCCAUGAAGGAGAUCGAGGCAACUGGCGUCAGUCUCUCCAGCGAUGCCACCUAUCAGGCGCUCAAGAAGAACCAUUCGCGUCUCAUCAACAGCCAACGACAACUGAAACAUGGCAAGCCCGAUCACUCAUCAAUCGUCAUGUACCAAGUCCCACACUCCUAG